CAUAUUGAUGGUGCUCUUUGCAAGAGUUCAAGGAUUUCAUUCGCAAUGGAAAAUGAGGGAUACGUUCCCUUCGAUCUCGUGAUUCAACCUACAACCAUGCUAACUUUCUCUGGAAUAUUUGAACAAGAAAUACCAGUGCCAAUAGAGGUUUUACCAACAGCAGUUACGUUUGAAAACAUCAAUCAGGCUGAAGGCCUGAUAUCCAUUGAUGGAUUUGUGAGGAUGAAGUUUACAAUGAUCCCCAGUCGUUUUGAAAACGCCAGUUAUGGCUGCGGAUCAAUAACUGAUGGACGCUCUAAAUUAACUGUCAACAUUACAAACUUCAUUGUAGUUGACAACAUUCAGAAAGGUGUAGCCGUGAACGUAGUUGGAACAGUAGAUGCCACUAAUGGUAUACUGUGCAUUACGUGCAACAACAUGAAUGCUAUUACCCUCAGGGACAACACUCCAGCAAUGUCGGAUGCAGACUUAGCCCAAGGUGGAAAACCCCUAAAGCGGCUAGCUCCUGUAGGUUAAGUCUCAUACCUCAAUUUUUAUAGUUCGUAUUUUUUCGUGUGUGUUUACGUAUAGAGAUUAUGGUAUUACAAUGAGAUUUAUUGUCCUUGGAAAAAAUCAUUCCAAAAAAACCAUAAUUUACAUUUAUUUUGUUUUGUUCAAGUUCGACGUUAAGCAUGUGAUUGUUUAAUA